AAACACGCCAACGCCAGGGAACGGCUGGCAUCAUCCGGGCGUUAAAACACGCCCGCACCAGUCAAAGAGUUAAUGUAUUUACAGCAUAAACAAGAACAACUAUGAGAGUUAAUUGUGGACAUGAUAAAGAGAGGUCUUGUUUUGGAUCACAGCAAAUCACCAUGUGAGGAGAACUUCAUACCAGGCAAAAAGGGUGAAAUCAUAAUAAUGUUCAUCAAAAUGGAAGGACCAAAAGACUUUGUAACGUGGCUGCAAGUAGCCAAGUGCUUCAAGAUCCUGGACCCUGAUGUUCGAGGUUAUCACAAGAGUAUGUGGAGACUGCACAUGAAGGGCAGUGAAAUGCUUGUCAUUGGAGUGCCAAACUCAGAGUAUUCAUAAAAAAUUCAAACCAUUGAAUGUCACUCCAAUUUAUUUGGAACCUCAUCAAGAGAAGACUAAUGCCAGAUAGCAGAAGAUAACAGCAUUUAGAAGAUUCUUGGAUCCCACAUUGCCGUGAAGAUGAGCCAUCUGUGACACAGAGAUCUUAAUUUCAAGAUAGGACAUUAUUUUAUGGCUUUACCAUCUUGCCUGUGCCAAUUUGUUAUGAGAAACUGUAAAGA